CACCAAACCUGCCAUCGUACACCUUGAUGUGACUGCUGUUUCAGGCUGUAAUGGGCUUCGUGUGUGCUCUUCGCCAAUGGGAAUCUGUUGCACGUGUGUGCUUUCUUGGUAUCCACCUGGUGUGUGUGAUUGUUUUUUCCGUUCUGCCAAAUAAUAAAUUUACCAUCCUUUUGCUGCCAUUUGGGCUAUCGUUUUAAAUUUUGUGCAGUUGCCAUUCUUUUUUUUUUUUUAUUUUACCUUCCCUUUAUUGAUCCCACCGGAAUUGGAGAAAAAAGUCGCACUCACGACAUUGCCAUACAAAGGUCAUCCAAGAACCGGAAGAACAAACUGAUUAACGGAUACAGACAUAUACAACCAGAAUGAGGCUACGCUACGAUAUAAUUGUGCUAGUGGUGCUGUGGUGUGUGUCCGUAUGGGCCACCACGGUGGUAUCUGCGUCGGCCGCCACCAGACUAGCGUCCAAACCUGGGUUUGAACCGGGGUCUAGACCGUGGACUUGGUCGAAUGAAAAGUUACCACCACAAGCAAACGCAGAGGUCGGAACUCAAAAUAGAGGACUUCAGGAUGGUCCCAGAAGAGUGACCCAAGAUUAUCGUAACACCAACCGACUCCUACCCAUGGAUCUCCGGAACAUCAAGGAUUGGCUGUUGAUAGAUCUUGUCUUGGUCAGCGACAUUGAUGGGAAUUUACAUGGGGUGGAAAGAAAGACCGGGGCACUUUUGUGGACCUUACCAAUGGACGAGCCCUUGGUUAAGGUUGUCACUGGCAAAGGGUUGAACUCUGUAAGGAGAGGCUCUGAGAGUCCAGACUUCGGAUCGGAGGAUGAAGAGGAGGAGGAGGAGAAUGUUGAGGAGAAUGGUGAGACUACCGGGGGUUCCUCAAACAUUCUUUGGUUUGUGGAGCCAUACAAUGACGGUGCCUUGUAUUAUUUUACUCCUAAUUUCGGCCUUAAUCAACUCCCAGCCUCGAUCAAGAAUCUUGUUCUUGAGCUGCCAUUCUCACUUAGUGGAGAUGAUAAGAUAUAUACGGGGACAAGGAAGACUUCUUUAUACACGAUUGAUAUAAAUACGGGGGAGGUUGUGAGUUCUUUUGGAGCUGAUAGAUCAGACAGAUCUGGUGAAGCCAGAUCUGGAGGUUCUGAUAAUUCUAGAGAAUCAAAUUCUAAAGAGUCAAAUUCUAGAGACUUUAACUCUGGAGACUCUAACGGAAGUUCUAGGAGCUCUAAUUCUAAGAGCUCUAAUUCUAGAAGUUCUAGUUGUAAGAGCUCUAACUCUAGAAGCUCUAACUCUAAAACUUCUAACUCUAAAAGCUCUCGAAGCUCCAGUUCUAACUCCAACACUCACUCUAACUACAACUCUGGCUAUUCUAAUAUGGACUUUGAUCCUAUGGAUUCAGCCGCUACAGUCAUGAUUGGGAAAACAACCUAUUCCCUAACUAUCCAUUCCAAAUCACAACCUCUGGUUGUAUGGAAUGUCACCUACUCCCAAUGGGGACCCAAUAAUAUCGACAAUGAUUUGAUCAUGCAGAACCAACAAAGCAGUGACAAAAUGUACUUCACUCCAUUCCAUGAUCGAUCAUUACUUGCCAUCAACAAGGACUUGGGUACUCCGGCAUGGGUCAGUAAACUCCCAGCUCUAGCUGUCAAUGUUUUUGAUGUGUUCCAUGAUGACUAUGCAGAUCCUUUACCGGAACAUUCUGCAUAUGUUCUUCUCCCACAUCCUCUCAAGGUCUUGACAGAUCUUCAAUUGGAGAAUGAAUCUUCAGAUCUUGUGUUCAUCAACAAGACGGCAACCCAGAAUAAUCAAUGGUAUGCCAUGAGUUAUCAAAAUUAUCCAACCCUCAUCAAAAGUGCACCCAUGUCCUUGUACCAGAUGUCUGUACAUGGCCAACAUAACAAUGAGCCGUCCAAUCGUCAUGGACAGUCAUACGAACACUUUGCUAUGAAGAACUUGCAGGUUUCAGGUGAACAUAGCGAUAUGACCAAUGUGGAACGAGUGUUGAAUGGGGUGCAUCAGGUCAAUCGGUUGGAUUCAAGCAAUUCUUAUCAACCCAAACUGGUUUGGGAUGAUACUGACAGUUCUAGACGGUCUAGCUCUAGCUCUGGCUCUAGUUCUGGGAGCUCUGAUGACUCUUGCUUGCCACAGCUUGGAGGUGGUAGAGAAAUCUCUGAUGUGGGACAUAAAAUUAUAGAUGGGAUAAGAUUCCCAGAAGGGGUUGAAGUUUGGCAGAGAGAAUCCGCUGGUUGGAAGAGUCAAGAUUUGUUGUUGUUGGAUGGCGGUGAGCAGCAAGGCCAAGGCCAGGUCUCCAGAGGUCCACCACCUCCACAGUUUUUUGAACAGGAAGACACUACCUCAGUGAAGACCUUAUCAUUGAUCAAGAGAAUCUGUGAGGAUGUGAUUGUCAUAUUGGUGUUGUUGGUGGUGUUGAUGAGUUUUGGAUGGUUGGGCAAAUUAACCAAGAAGUUUGGGAAAAUAAUAAAGGAAUCUUGGAAUCCGAAGGAUUCAAAGAUCCUGGACAAUACCUUGAAUCUGGAGGUUUCUACCAACUCUAAAGACGCUAAAGAUGUUCUAGAUGACACCCUGAAUGAGCAUCUGAAGGAAGUCAAGGAUUCUCUGAAUGACUCUCUGGAAGAAGUCCUAAAAGAUUCUACUGAUCCUCUGGACUCUCUUAAAGAUUCUCUGGAUAUUCUUAAAAUUUCUAAAGUCUCUCCUGAUUCUCCUGGCUCUUCAGAGGAUUCCCCUGAGAAGGAGCUUCUGACGGAGCUACUGGCCAAAAAAGUCACAAUCUCCCUUCCCGAAACUGAAGGAGAUUCUCAAACGAAAAAGAAAAGAAAAAGAGGCUCUCGUGGAGGUCGUAGAUCCAAACGUAAAAAUGAUGAUGAGGACAGCAAUGAGGACACAGUGGAAGACACUAAUGAACCAAACUCUGUGGGGACCUCUGGUGAAAUCACCUCGGUGGUCACCACAACUCUCAUAAAACCAAUCAAAACCCCUCAACCGGUGAAAAAGCUCCAGAUAGAAAAUAAUUUGGUCCUCUCCGAUAAAAUCCUAGGAUAUGGCUCCCAUGGGACUGUGGUGUUUGAAGGAACCUUUGAAAACAGACCGGUGGCCGUGAAACGAAUGUUGCUUGACUUUUUCGACAUUGCCAGCCAUGAGGUUCGUCUUCUUCAAGAAAGUGACGACCAUCCAAACGUCAUCCGGUACUUUUGUCUGCAACUGAGCGAGCUGGAAAAGUUUCUCUACAUUGCCUUGGAGCUCUGUGUCUGUUCCUUGGAAGACAUUGUCGAGAAGCCCGCGUACAACCUCCCGGAGUUGCGCUUGGGCACCCUCACCGAUAACGACCCGAUCAUGAACAGCUUGUUGAAGCAACUAGCCAGUGGUCUCCACUAUCUCCAUCUGUUGAAGAUUGUCCAUCGGGACUUGAAGCCACAGAACAUCUUGGUGGCUGACAUUAAAAAGAUCGACACGAAAAAGUCGUCCCUGACGACCAAGCCCCAGGGAAAGCCCACAUUUGAGAUUCGUCUAUUAAUCUCAGAUUUCGGGUUGUGUAAGAAGUUGGACGCCGACCAAUCGUCCUUCCGUGCAACCACUCAACAUGCUGCUCUGGGGACUUCAGGCUGGAGAGCUCCAGAGCUUCUUCUUCACAAUGAUCUUUUGGAAAUUUCUCCAGACACCAUCUCUUCGAUUGGCUCUUCUUCACGUCAUUCCAUCACAAACUCAUCCACUACCAGUGGCACCGGUGCCGGUACUGGAGGCGGGAAACGUCUCACAAAGGCCAUCGAUAUCUUCUCCCUUGGAUGUGUAUACUACUACAUUCUCACGGGAGGGUACCAUCCGUUCGGAGACAGAUAUCUCCGCGAGGGGAAUAUCAUCAAGGGUGAGUACGACUUGUCGCUCUUGCGCAAAGCGUGUCCAUUGGACCACGUCGAGCUGAUUGACUUGAUCUCGUCGAUGAUCAGUCACAACCCUCGCAGUAGACCAGACACCCACUCGAUCUUGAGACACCCCUUUUUCUGGACGGUGGGCAAGAAGCUUGAGUUUCUCCUCAAGGUGAGUGACCGGUUUGAAGUCGAGAGAAGAGACCCGCCCAGUGAGCUUCUCCUCAAGUUGGAGGCCGUGGCCGCACAGGUGCACGGGCUAGACUGGCAUUGCAAGAUGGACACCGAGUUCAUGGACAACUUGGGCAAGUACAGGAAGUACCAGACCAACAAGUUAAUGGACUUGUUGCGAGCUCUUCGGAACAAGUACCAUCAUUUCAACGACAUGCCCGACCUGCUCCAACGCCAAUUGAGUCCGUUGCCCCACGGGUUCUAUCGCUACUUCAACGAUCGGUUCCCGAGCUUGUUGAUGGAGAUCUAUUUUGUUGUACAUGACAAUUUGAAGGAUGAGCAUAUCUUCACGGAGUACUACUAGGCUGUAUCACUGCCCCUGCAGGGAAGACCCUGACUGGGGGGUAUGUAAGUCGCUCCGCUGGGCCCCUACUCGGGGAGAGCCACUGCGUGGAGCCUGGCUCCUCUGACGAGGAGAUUUGGUAAGGUGAGGAAGUUCCUGCCAAGGACAGGAGUGGAUAAUAAAGGAGAGAGGAGAGAGAUGGGGGAUUCGCAUAUAAAUCGCAUAAAACGGUAGUCCCAGUGAGACUUGUCUUACAGGU